CCUGUCAGACGUUAAAUCUCGCAGGAAUUUGAUGUCAAAACGGCCAGAUUGAGCCUUCGAGAUGGCAAGGGCACCGGGAGUGAAGCCACCCGCUGUCAAAGACGCGGACCCGCCGGCCCGCCUGGUUUGGGGGCCGGGGCUGGAAGGAUCGCUAGAGCAUCCUAGCGGCGUGCCACAUCCAAGGACUUGAAUGUGAUUGACGGGUUUGGCUCACUAGAUGCACUGCGGCCUAUUACUAACAGGGUCGUGUGUCAAACCUGGUUUCUAUCUUAAGGGCCCGGUGGUACAUUCCAGUCCACUCGAUAUGUCUUCCUCUGCAAGUGGCAACAGGCAUGUCCAGCAGCGUCUUCGGGGAUCCUCCACCAGGGACGGACUUGACAGCCAGCCGGCGUGGAGUGAACAAUGCAGCUGUGAGUGUCACAUACGUGCUGGCGGCCAUCGCCAUUGCCUUUCGAUUUCUCGCCAGAACGCGGGUGCAACAAGCUUCCAUUGCCGCGGAUGAUUGGAUGAUAGUUGCUGCUUUGCUGUCUGUGACUGCGAAUUUUGUCUCCACCAUUAUCGGAGGCUACUAUGGCCUUGGAAAGCAUGUAUGGGCUAUACCCCUAGACGAUGUGAUCAAGGUGGUGCAGAUUCUGUUCGCAUAUGUCCUCAUAUACGUCGUUACCGUGCCCUUGAUCAAGCUCUCGGUCAUCCUCUUCUACCGUCGCAUUUUUGGAAUGAACAAGGCGAUGUGGUUCUGCGUCGCAUUGACCAUCGGAUAUUGGUUUUCUUGCACCGUCGCCUUCCUCGUCUGUUGCCGACCUGUCUCAUACUAUUGGACGCAGUAUGCUGAUCCCGCUGGCGGCCGUUGCGUCUACAAUCUUUAUCCAUUCUAUAUUGGGAACGCCGCCGCAAAUGUGACCACGGACGUGAUUAUUCUGCUGGUGCCCAUGCCACUUAUCUGGAGGCUUCACAUGCGAUCCACCCAGAAGGUUUUGGUCUGCAGCAUUUUUCUACUUGGCAGCUUUGUCUGCGUGGCGAGUCUCAUUCGAAUCUAUUACAUGACGUUUCUUAGCAGGUCCGUGGAUAUCACCUGGAUCAUGGGUGAUGUCUUCAUCUGGUCCAGUGUGGAGCCGUGCAUCGGGAUUGUUUGUGCCUGUCUGCCUACCUUGCAACCCCUGCUGCGUUACACCAUUCAGCGGAUAUUCGGCUCGCGUGCGGGAAGAUAUCUGGGUAGCUCGGAGAAUAAACUAUCCAGUCAACAUAAGAACGCCCCUGUGAGGAGGCCCAGGGAUUGGGACGAAAGUCUGCUUGCAACACAGACUGUUCGAGUCGAGAUGGACUCCAAACGCAGGGAAGACGAGAGUGAAGAAGGCAGAAUCAUGGUUGAGACCGACUUCCAAGUGAUCGAGGAGAGCAAAAGGGCGCUAUAAUACUACUGGCGUAAACGGAUGACGAUUCCGUGGUGUCACUCCAAAUGUAGCUGGGCGAGUGGCAGUUGAUCAUCGUCAGGGUUUCCAGCUAGAUGGCACGCUACAAACAGAACAGUGAUCCAAAACUAGACAUGAACAUAAAGUUACUACAAUGUCGCAUCACAUCAUUAACGAUGAUGCGUCUGGAUAUCAAAAUUUUAUAGUAUGUACGACUGGCUCGCUUCACUAGAUCUGACACCAUAGCCCGUUAGCGAUGUGACACACGGUAGGGACAGAAAAAUAACAGAGUGAAGCCCCAUCCAUCUUGAGGCCCAGUUAGUAGCCUUCCUCUUCGCCCUGUUGGUAGACGUGUCGUGAACGUCCAGGGUCUUUGCGCAUCUGCUGGCCAGAGCCAGUGAAGCCCACUAU